AUGGCCCUUUCUGGCGCGGCUGCUGCGGCCGCUUCCCAGGAUGAAGAUCGCUUCGUGGACGCCGAGGGCGGGGACUGUGGGGCGAUCCCCGGCGACGGCUACAAUGGCAAGCGCAAGGCGGACUCGCUGGUGGACCUGAUCACUCAGGGAUCCGACGAAGAGAUGGACGGGGAGGCCGCGCCGUCCUCCCAACCUGGAUGGCUGAAGGCGCUCAUCCAACCCAUGAAUCGAGUCUGCGCCUCGGUCGGCACGAUGCAGCAGCAGUUGGCUGACCACGACCUCAAGUUCGAGAUCAUGCAGCGCCAAUACGAUUCCAUCCACACUGAUAUUCAAUCAUCAGUCGACAAGGCUCUCGACACCGCCUUGGACGCUAAGAUUCGAGCCAAGUUUGACGAGCUCGACCGCAAGUUUCAGAUGGCUUCUACGCGGGAGGUGUGGAUUGGCGGCUUCAAGAGACCCAUGGUGGCCCGUGUUCUGCAACGGCGCUCCGACUGGGUCAAGCAGCAGUUCCCGCUGGACACGACCAAGAACGACACGGUCCACGCCACUAACUUCUCGCAGUCGUACAGUUUCAAGUUUCCAGAUGAGGAUGAGGCCAAGAAGUUCCUUGAUGAUGCCAGGACCAGGGGGCUCUUCUACCAGGACACGAAGCUCGGCCAGGUCGAGUUGAGGGUCAGGUUCGACGCCCCGCCGUUCGUUCGUGCGCGGCACAAGGUGCUCGGUCAAGUCUGGCAGAGGGUCGUUGAGCACUGGAAGACUCACAACGUCGACUUUCGGGGUCAACACUGGCAGAUCGGCUGCAACGGCUUCCGAGGCUUCUUGUUCGUCACGGUCAACGACGAUAUCUUCGUGAUAGCCCGCAUCCAGGAGCUCGACCACGCCCAGUGGGUCCUCGAGCCCGAGCCCAGCCACCUCUCGCAGUUCCAGAUCCCCGAGGAGAGCAUGACG